UGGACAGGUUUUGAUAAAUCUCACCCAGUAUUCAUGAGGAGGCCCAACCUUCUGUCAGAGUCUCUUUAAAGGAGUACUCUAGUGCAGAGUAUUCCUGCUCCGUCCUGCGAUGUUCUGCCUCGGCCGGCGAUAGGCUGAGCUCCAUGUGACGUUUCGUUACACCCGGAAGUAUGAAGGAGAUGGACCGGAGGACCGAUCAGCUGUAGUGACGCUCCGCGGGAACCCAGGGAGGUGAGUGAUGGUUCAUUUUCAUUUAUUUUGCAGCCCGGGCAGGACGGAGCAGGAAUACUCUGCACUAGAGUACUCCUUUAAAUUUUAAUGCUAUUUCAAUUCUCAACCACUAGAUGGAGAUAAUACAUCACAAGUUCUUCAUUAUAGAAAAUAAGAAAUAUAGGCGUUUUUAGGGCGCAGUCAUGCCGACACGUGUAGGGGACCCCGCUGUCCCUAACAGUUGUUGUAUUUUCCACAAAACAAUAUCUGACUUCAGUUAUGGAAUUGUGCAGCAUCACAGUCCGGGCCAGAAGUAUUUACAGCGUCCCCUGGUGACCUCCGAAACCCAGGACCAUCUACAGGGAUUUAUAGAAAUGCUCCAGUCGGAUAUCUUUAAUACCAUGCCCCCGCCCUCUGAAGACAGUCUCACAGAUACUACAUCUUUAGAUGGACCUUCAAUGGUGGUAUCACCCAGUAUCGACCAAUCCAACCAACAAAUAGACAAUAUCAAUUACUCAAUUCAGAAGUCUAUGGGGUAUGUGUACCCACUGCCUCCUAAACAAGAGCUCAUACCACCUGCAAUUCCCAGCACACAUUUCUCAACAAACCCUGUGCCAAUUUUACCAAGGACAACAUUUUCUUUUCUGGAUGGGCAAUCUUACCAGACCUUCUCCUCCACCAUGCCCUACUAUGUUUUAGCACAACCAUCCGCUCCAAGUAGAAAACAGUCCCUGGCUUAUGCACAUAAGGAAAAGAAGCAAAAACAGGGAAGAAAAACAUCAAACAGGACUGUCACCUGUCACAGCUGUACCCACUAUGGAUGUGACAAAACCUACACCAAGAGCUCACACCUGAAAGCUCAUCUACGUACACACACUGGAGAGAAGCCUUAUGUAUGUGAAUGGGAUGGUUGUGGUUGGAAGUUUGCCCGUUCUGAUGAACUCACCCGCCAUAUACGGAAGCACACCGGUGUUCGCCCUUUCCAGUGUUGCAUGUGUGAACGAACUUUUGCCCGUUCUGACCAUCUGGCGCUACAUAUGAAAAGACAUAUAAAUAAGGGCAGUCUAUAAUGGAAGAAAAUAAUAAAUGUAUUGUGAUAAUUAGAUGUUUGUAUAUAAUACCUGUAGGGGUAUAUAGGAAAUAAUGAUUAUCCUAGUAUCCUAAUAAAGGGGUCCUCUAAAUCCAGACAUUCUCUAGCAUGACCUCUGAGUAUCCAUUGUACAUUGUAUAAAACAAGUUAAAGCAUACUGCAGCCCACC